CAGGCCCUGUGUUUUGAAUACCUUUAGUUUAAUAGCUUUCUGCAUUAACAGACAACUGUUUAGGCAAAGUAUUUGGUUUGUUCUUUAAGUGCUUAUGCUGAAAUACAUUUAAAGAAAAAGGUCACAUUAUAACUUUGUAUCAACCGGUCUGUAAAAAGGAAGACACUCAGCUUUGAACUUUUUUUAUGAUGCGUUGUUUUGUUUUUUAAUCGAAAUUGAAAAAUGUUGAGCAACCGUCAGGAUCAAAUCAAAGCAGAUUUAACCAGGCAACAGCUGUCACAGUCUGAGAGCACUUGACACGGUCGAAAACACGACAUCUGAAAACUACAACUCCCAUAUCAAAGCUGAUGAAGAUGUUUCGGAAGUAAUCUAAAAAUGGAUCGAAGUUACAUGGACGCGAUUUCACAACAAUGCAGCAGUUGUUCAAUUUUAGCUGCAGUUCAUGUCACCGUUGUAUGGUGUCUUAAAUGAGCUGUAUCCAGAAAAGUUGCUGUUAUUGACGUAACACGACAGCUAAUGUUAGCAAAGUUGUAUUAGCUUUAAACGUUGUGUCAUGGGAGUGUGUGUGUGGCUGGAGCUGGUCUGACAGCUCUUAGGAAUUUGAACUUAGCUUUACUUACAUCUCCAGAAUGGAAAUCAGGUUGAAUAACACACUAAAACUGGUCCAACUUCAAUAGGGAGGUCACCAACAGCAGCCGUGCAAACCUGGACGAAGUAACGUUAGCAUCCCAUUUGCUAGCACGACUAAUGUUACCGACAGCUGGAGGUCGAGGUAAACAUGAAGUUGGUCGCCGAGUUAAACUGGUAAACGCCUGCAUCGACGCUGGCUUCAGCUAUGUGGCAGGGGAGGAGGGGUGUCGGUGGUGGUGCGGCACAACAGCAUGAUUGUUCCCUUCUUCAGCUUCUCCGUCAUUCGUGGAGUGUAUUUGAGAGCCAGGGCAGUGCAAACAUUUCGCAGAUUAAUCCACCAGAGUGGAUGUAGUGCGCAGUCAGUAGGAAGAAGGACUGAGGAGGAGUCUGGAAGUGUAAACAUCCCUCUGCUUGACUCAUGCCCAGGAAGGUGCGGCCCAGCUUGGGUGUGUCAUUCUCUUUAUCAAUCUCCACCCUCGGGUGAAGACAAAAGUAGGGGUUUGGAUGCAGGUUGUAUGCUGGCUGAUGUGCCUCGGCACGGCGGGGGCACUCGCUGUGCUGCAGAAGGAUCAGGUUGCCCAGCACGUCAUCAAGCUUUAUCGGAGCAAGCAGGGGGUCACACACGGCCAUAGCUGGGUGGCCAGCAACUGCAAGUGGCUGGUGGGUCUCCUGCGUCAGAAGAAUGUGGUUGUCAAGAAGCUGGCAGCCGCUGCAGAUGCUGUUGGACGAGACCGGGCCCUUUCAGAACCUGAGAGGCGCUUCCAGGUUCACACUCUGGAGGUUUUCCAGAAGGAGCUGAACGAAAGCGAGCACCUAGUGUUCCAGGCGGUGCAUGGCCUGCAGAGGGCGCUACAGGGAGACUACAGAGACGUGGUCAACAUGAAGGAGAGCAGCAGGCAGAGGCUGGAGGCCCUCAGGGAGGCAGCCAUAAAGGAAGAACAGGAGUAUGUGGAGCUGGUGGCUGCCGAGAAGCACCAGCAGGAAGCUGUUAAGAGCGCUUUGGCCCAGAAUAAGACUCUGUCCAUGCUGGAUGAGAUCCUGGAGGACGUCAGGAAGGCAGCAGACAGGCUAGAAGAGGAGAUCGAGGAGCACGCCUUUGACAACAACAAACAGAUGAAAGGAGUAAAUGUUGAGGCAGUGUUGAGAGUGGAGGAUGAUGAGGAGAACGGAGGGAAGAGGAAGAACAAGUCCCGGCAGAAGGAAGUGGAGGAUGACCUGGGACUGAGCAUGCUCAUUGAUUCGCAGAACAACCAGUAUGUCCUGACCAAACCACGAGACUCCACAAUGCCAAGAGCGGAUCAUCACUUCAUCAAGGACCUGGUGUCUGUGGUGAUGUUGUCUUUGCCCUGUGGUUGGAUUUGCUCUCUGGUCGGUCUUCCUCCCAUGUUUGGGUAUAUUAUCUGCGGGGUCCUACUCGGUCCUUCUGGCCUCAACAGCAUCAAGUCUAUGGUCCAGGUGGAGACUCUGGGGGAGCUGGGUGUGUUCUUCACUCUCUUUGUGGUGGGACUGGAGUUCUCACCUGAGCGCGUUCGGAAGGUAUGGAAGAUAUCAGUUCAGGGGUCGUGCUACCUGAGUCUGCUGAUGGUGGGGGCCGGCUUGUUGUGGGGACAAGUCCUGCGCAUUCGACCCACACAGACUGUCUUCAUUUCCACUUGUCUCUCCCUGUCCAGCACUCCGCUGGUGUCCCGCUUCCUGGCAGGGGGUGGCAGAGGAGACAAAGAAGGAGGUGAUCUGGACUACAGCAGCGUUCUCCUGGGGAUGUUAGUGAUGCAAGACGUUCAGCUCGGUCUCUUCAUCGCUGUCAUGCCGACCCUGAUCCAGGCACAGAGCGGAGACUUGGACAGCUUUCUGUUUGGAAGUCUCCACGUGUUGUACCUCCUGGUCCAGGUCUUGGUCUCUCUGGCUGCUGUGCUGCUGCUGUGUUUGUUGCUUAAGUCUUCCCUGAUCGCCCCUUUUUACAAGAAGCUACAUGCUGAGAGCAAAGGCAACAAGGAGAUCCUGGUGCUUGGGAUGGCAGCUUUUGUCUUUUUCAUGCUGACGGUGACAGAGACUUUGGAUGUUUCUAUGGAGCUGGGCUGUUUCCUGGCUGGAGCUUUGCUGUCCACACAGGGUCACAUGGUAACAUCAGAGGUCAUGGGGUGCAUUGAGCCAAUCAGAGAUUUCCUCGCCAUCAUCUUCUUCGCCUCCAUUGGUCUCCACGUGUUCCCGACGUUCGUGCUGUAUGAACUCACCAUUCUGCUGGUGCUUACACUCUCACUCGUCAUUAUGAAGUUUGGGAUGGCCGUACUGGUGCUGUCAGCGAUCUUGCCCCCAGGCUCUCGACACAUACGGUGGAUUGUCUCAGCUGGUCUGGCUCAGGUCAGCGAAUUCUCCUUCGUCUUGAGCAGCCGGGCACGCCGUGCUGGCAUCAUCUCCAGGGAGGUAUAUCUGCUGGUCCUCAGUGUCACCACCCUCAGUUUGCUACUGGCACCAGUGCUGUGGAGAGUCACCACACACAAAUGGGUGCCUCGGGCCGAACGCAAAAUAGUCACAUGACCAGACCGGCUUCAGGGACAAAAGGCUCCCUUGUAACCUUUACAAAGCCAGCAGCAGCAUCACGAGAAGCAGAAGUUAAGCCUUAUUUGACCAAUCAGAAAGACUCUCAUGUUAACGCACGCCUGCUGGACCAAAUCUUGAUUUAAGAGACUCAGUUCACAGCUUUAUGGGAGGAGAGAAAAUCAUCAUCAGUUACAUGUUGACUCUCUUUCAGAUUGUUAUGAAGCCAUCUGCUAUGUAUCACCCAUUACAUACUCAGGAGCAUGGACCUGGACCAUCUAUGCUUGUCACCUGUGUUACAUAUAGGCACUGUUAGGUUUGAAUUUAUAACAUACUAAAAUUAUUUCAGUUUUCAGUUUCUGUUUUAUAUUAAAUUGCAACAAAGCCGGACCACUCUACUCUUCUGACAAAAAUCGAGUGUCUUAAAGGCUUGACAGAAACAUUUUUAAGGAAGCACACAUGCUUGACAGUGGAAAAGCACAAGUACUGGAUAUCCUGAUUCUGAUGCAUUAUGAAGAAAGACAGAUACUUUCCCUCUCUACCUUCUGUAAAAAUUAUUUUGUUUUCCAAUAAAAGUUCAUUGGAGGUC